AUGGGGUCACGGAGGCGAUGUUCGGAUCCGAAUCCCCAAUUGGUGAGUUUGCAACACAUAUCGGAUGCGACAGUAAACGAUGACGAUUAUGGUGAUGUCGACGGUGGUGGUGGCGGUGGAGGAGGGGUGAAAAUCCGAUCCGGACAAUCAUCUCCGAUCAUUUUGGGAAACGGAACCUGUACUCCGAUAUUAAGUUCUCCAAAAGCUGUACGAAAAGGUUUGUCAACGUGGGGUAAAAAAGUCGGUAGAAAAUGGGAUCAGUUAAAGCGAAGCGAUUCAUCUGAGGUUUUAUCCGUGUCUCCGGGUCGAAGACGACGAUGGUCACCCUCGAAAUCAUCAUUGCCACCGACGGGACAAAGUUCAUCGUUGAAAAGUCGAAAAGUGUCACGCGUGGAAUCCCUGAGACAUUUAUUUGCACGUGGAGUUCUCGACAAGCACGGAACACACGGUAAAUCUCCAAAAUCAACGUGGAGAAAAGAAGAAUGGCGUAAAAAUAUUGCCGAUCUUUACGGUUCGAAUCAACCCCUAUUCGACGACCCGAACGAAAUCCGACUUAAAAAACUAUUAACGAUGUUUCAAAAUUCUGAAAAAAGCGAAUUGUUGCAUAAACAGCUCAUCGAAUACGUUUUCCGACAGAAAUCCGAACAAAAUGUUACCGGUGGUCGCGACGACGGUAACGGUUUUUUACGAUUUGACGAUUUGCCCUUGAGAAAAUCCACGAGCGAAAGCGACGUUUCCGAAUUGAAUAAUAAAACGCAAAUGACGGGUUCGAGACCGAGAAAAUUGGAUGUUUUAACCGAAGAAAAUCCAAUAGGUACGCCCAAGAGUAAAAGAAGUAACAAACGAUUGGGUGAUAGAUUGGCAUCGACGAGCGUUGACGAUAUUUUUACCGCAUCCGAAGAAUCUCCCUACAAUAUACAAACGGUCACCCCGUCAAAAACUAAUGUCUCGCCGUCGGCUCAUUUUUCCGUAGAUGAACUUUGCAUGUUUUUAAAUAAUAUAUUAGCCAAAUGUGACGAAAGCGGAUACGACAGCGAUUCGACGAGAAACGGUUCGGAUUCUCCGAGAGAUUCCAUAACAUCGACAAAAUCCGAUCAAAAGAGAAACGUCACGAGGCACAACAACAACACGAAUAAAUCAUCAUUUUCCGAAUCCGAUGGAUACGUGAAAAAUUCAGACGGAAAAUUGUUAAAAAACGAAAGAAUAUCCGGCGUCACGUUGAAAGAAAAAAAUAAAAGAUCGUCGAAUCACAACAUAAAUGAUGUCGGAACGGAAGAAAAAUUUUCAUUCAUACGACGACGAAGUCCGAAAUUAAGUUUUAGCGAACACAGGAACAAAUAUACGAAUUCUGUACAUUUUCCCAAAGAAGAAAAUAAAAAUGGCGACGCGGGAGGAAUCAUUGACGAUUCGAAAUUAUGUGAAAAAUGUAAAAGCGAACCGAUUGAAAAGUGCGACGAUAAUAAUUCUGUGAAAAUAACGAGUUUGUAUCAAAGGUUUUUAAGAAAUCGUAAUUAUUUUCCAAAAUCCGGUGGUGGUGGUGGGGGGGAAAAAUCGGAAAAAGAAUUUAAAACGAUUAGAUUUUACAAAGAAGAAUAUGAAGAAAUGGGGAUUUUCAUUGAGAAAAAAGAUUCAAAUGCGAAAACGAGUAAUUGCGUCGUAACACAAAUUGAAAAUGGCGGCCUGGCAGAUAGAGACGGCCGUAUUAAAAUAGGUGACGAAUUAAUAAAAGUUAACGGUAAAAGACUGAGAGGGGUUUCGCUUGGAGAAGCAAAAGUUAUUUUAAAAAAUGUCGGAAAGGAAGUUGAAUUAGUGAUAGCGAGAAAUCCGACGUCGGAGGAUUCGGAAAGGAAAAAUCACAAAGGAAAUAAUUACGAAACUGAAAAAAAAACUGAUAGAAAAGAUUCACACGGUGGUAACAGGAAAAUAAGUUUAUCCGAUUUACUCGUCAAUAGAUCUUCGGUCAAUUCUAGUUCGAAAGAAAUUUCUAGAAAUUUCGGUUCGAAAUUAAAAAGUGAUAAUAAUAAAUUCGAUUCGGAAAUGAUAAUGCCAAAAACUAAACCGCCGCCGAUAGUCACGCGGUCUGAUAAAAAUCACGAAACGAAAUUCGAUAAAGACAAAACAAUGACGGGCAUGCUUAAAUUUUCGUAUAAUUUUGACGCCGUGACCCCGAGGUCACAGCGAGAAAACACACUUCCGCCCAGUUCUUUUAGCGCGACGGGGGGAAUGAAAGGAAGCGAAGGAGGAGGAGGAGGAGGAGGAACUUUGCCGAGACGUCCGAAAUCUCUCACUUUAUCUUUUUUAACCGUCACGUUCGUCAAAGGUCCUGGAAAAAAAUCCUUGGGUUUUAGCAUCGUCGGCGGAAAAGAUUCUCCCAAAGGAAACAUCGGGAUAUUUGUUAAAACGAUUUUUCAAUCCGGUCAAGCAUCAGAAGAUGGUAAACUCAAAGAAGGGGAUGAAAUAUUAGCCGUGAACGGUACCCCCCUACAGGGUAUGACACACGCAGAAGCGAUAAACAUGUUUAAAAAUGUUAAAUCUGGAGAAGUCAUGUUACACGUUGGAAGAAGGGAUCCGCUCCAGAGAAGGUAA